AUGUCUGAUGAUGAUUUUGGCUUCGAAUUCGAUGUCGAUUCACAAAAAGAUCAAGAAGAAGAAAUAAUUGAACUCAACGAUUCUUUCGACGAUUUCCAACCUGAAAAUCCAGCAGCAGAUCAAAAUUCCCUAAUCGAAAAAUACGAAAAACUACAAAUCGAAUCGCGUGAAAUCGAUGACGUGGCACGUGAAUUACGACAAAUUAUUCAAAUUUGUAGGCAGAUGGAAAAAUGUUUAAGUGACCGGAGAAAUCAGGGAAUUCUGGAGAAUUUUGUUGUGAAAAUUGAAUAUUUAUCGAAUGGCGCCGUUUUGAUUUGGAUGAAAAUUGAGAAUUUGAGCGAUUUUGAGAUGAAAAAUGGGUGGAAAAUUGGCGUGAAAACGAGUACUGUAUAUAGAGCGAAAAUGAAAGGUAAAAAUUUGAAUUUUUCGAAAAUUUGGCGCCAAAAAUCCACGUGGAAUUAUCCAAUUUUUAGUUUUUGAUUCAAAAAUUAAUAUUUUUUGGGCCAAAAAUACACGUGGCUCAAUUUUUCAAAUUUUCGCGCUUUAAAAAUCAAUUUUUUUAAAUUUCAAAAUUUUUACGUCACAAAUUCCACGUGGCACGAUUUUUCUGAAAUUUUAAAAUUGAAAUUUUGAUUUUUGAAAUUUCAAAAUUUUUAGGUCAGAAAUUCCACGUGGCUGAAUUUUUGAAAUUUUUCGCGCUUUAAAAAUCAAUUUUUUUUAAAUUUCAAAAUUUUUUCGUCAGAAAUUCCACGUGGCACGAUGUUUCUGAAAUUUUAAAAUUGAAAUUUUGAUUUUUUGAAAUUUCAAAAUUUUUAGGUCAGAAAUUCCACGUGGCUGAAUUUUUGAAAUUUUCGGACUUUAAAAAUCAAUUUUUUGAAAUUUCAAAACUUUUACGUCAAAAAUUCCACGUGGCUGAAUUUUCGAAAUUUUCGCGCUUUAAAAAUCAAUUUUUUGAAAUUUCAAAAUGUUUACGUCAAAAAAUUCCACGUGGCUGAAAUUUUCGCGCUUUAAAAAUCAAUUUUUUGAAAUUUCAAAAUUUUUACGUCAGAAAUUCCACGUGGCUCAAUUUUUCAAAUUUUCGCACUUUAAAAAUCGAUUUUUUGAAAUUUCAAAAUUUUUACGUCAAAAAUUCCACGUGGCUGAAUUUUUCAAAUUUUCGCGCUAAAAAUCAAUUUUUUUAAAUUUUAUAAUUUUUACGUCAGAAAUUCCACGUGGCACGCACAGGGGUUUUAUUACUACCGAGAAUUAAUCACGUACAAAACAUUUUAUCUGACGACAAAAAACCUCCGCAAACAGCGCGCUACGUGGCCGACAAAAAAAACAAUAGCGUGUGGCCGGCCUCGCGAGAUGUCGGUCGCUGCAAACACACAUAUAGCCCGACUUUUUUCUUUUUAUUUGUGUGUCUUUUGAGCCAAAGGGUUUUCAAUUUUCUUUUUGAAAAUCUGAAAACCUAAGCUCCGCCCACAUGUCUGUGCGGAAAAAGAUGGGCGGAGCCUGUUUGCUCGAUUACAAUUUUGCAUUGACUCGGUAGUAAUAAAACCCCUGUGGCACGAUUUUUCUAAAAUUUUAAAAUUAAAAUUUUGAUUUUUGAGAUGCGCCAAAAAUUGAAAAAUUCCACGUGGCUCAAUUUUUUUUCAAAUUUGGCGCCAAAAAUCCCCCUUGCCACGUCAUAACUCUUCUAUAAUUCCUCUUUAAUAGCUCAGAUCUCCGAAACCUUGGAUUUGGAUAAUUUGCAACCUGGAACAUCGAAAUCCUACUCGCUGAAGUUAGCCGAAAUCGAAUUACCCCUCAUUUUCACAUUUAUUUUAUCCAAAAAAAUUCGGGAUUUUGAAGGUGAAAUUCACGAAUUUCAUAUCAAUUUAGACCCGAUUUCUCUCACAAAUUUGGAUAUUUUACAACAACAAAAAUUGAGUGAAAAUAUUGGCGGGAAAAUGAUGGCUUUUGAAUUUUCCCAUAGAAUUCCUCAUUGUUUGGUUGAUUUGUUGAAUGGAAAAGUGAAUUCGAUCAGUGUCAAAUAUGUUUUUUUGGCGAUUUUUGGGUUAGAAGUUGAGGGAGAUGAGGUAAGUUGGAAGAUUUUUUGGGGAAAAAAUUUUUAAAUUUCAAAAUUAUAUUUUUUGGCGCGAAAAUUUCCGGAAAAUCUCAGUCCAAACACAUUGUAAAAGGGCUGAUUCACGAAAAAAAAUGUUAAAAAAUGUUUUUUUAACAUCGAAAGAUCAAUGAAAAUUAGUUUUCCAAGUUUUUCAGCCAAAAAUGAUGACAAAUCGAUAUUUUUCAAGCUUCUGGAGUAAUUUCUGAUGAAAAUUGACCUUGGAAUUCACUUUCCAGAAGGUUUUGCUGAUUUUUCGUAAAAUAAAGCAAAAUAGGGUUCUCGAAGCUUAUUUUCAUCAGAAAUUACUCCAGAAGCUUGAAAAAUAUCGAUUUGUCAUCAUUUUUGGCUGAAAAACUUGGACUAAUUGACUUUUCGUGAAUUUUUUCGUGAACUUUUCGUGAAACAUUUUUUUCGUUCGUAAAUCUGCUCUAAAAGGUCUAGAAUUCUAAAAUUUCGCGCCACCGUGUCCAAAACUCUGGUAGCUAAAAAAAAUUAUUUUUCAAUUUUUGACUGUUUCAAAAAAAUAAUACAAAAAUUUGAUCUCGUAAUUUUUCAAUUUGCAAAAGCUACACAUUUAUUUUUGGAAUUUUAUUGUCAAAUUUUGUCAAUUUUCAUUAAAAAAAAUGAUUCAUCCCAAAUAAUUUCGCUCAUAUUCCAUUCUAUUUUCCCAAAUAGUUUGAUUCGGCGCAAAUUUGCAAGGUUUUUGAAACAUUUGAUAAUACAAUUGAUAUGAUUUAUAUUCCUUCUCUCUUACUUUAAAAUCAUACGGUAUUGCAAGAAACAAACUGUCAUAAAACGCAUGGCUUCUUGUUGUAAACCCAAUACUUUUAUUCGAAAACAAUUCAGCUGAUACAACUUCAAUAUCAUCUCUUUGCAAAUUCCAAUCCAAUGGCGAAUAUUUAUAUUUGUCAAAAGUUUUCCAGUUGAUUUGUGUGAUUUCUAAUUCAUUUGUACCUUCAACCCAGCAAAUUAGAUGAAAUGGAAUAUGAACCAUUAGAAAAAGAAGUUCGGCACUAGGCUUGUUAUUUGCAACAAACCAAUUGGUCAUUAAACCAUUUGCCAUAUUUAAAGCAGUUGUUUUAUAAUCAAUAAAAAAUGUUGUUAGAUAAGUUGCUGUUUCAGUUGGACAAUUCCUUUGUUGCUCAUAAAAUAUCCGAUAUUUCCCGUUUUCCAUUUUUGCUUCAAUUUCCAUAUUCAAGAUUUAUUAUCAAAUUCUUGUCGUAUAAUUGAAACCCAUGGAUUCUAAUGACGUUAUGAGCUUUAGUAGGACUUUAACAGUUUCCCAUAUUUGAAUGAAAUUACCUUUACAAGUUGAAAUAUGGUAUGAGAACUUCGAAGAGAAAUCAAUUUGAACUAUCGAUUUUCCAUAUUCAUUCAUUAUAGAUCGGGCCAUGAAUUCUGGAAGAGGCAUGGAUUUUAGAAAUGAGGGAAAUGUUAGGAGAAAUAGGAUUCGCAUUGUUGCGAGAAUUGAAAAAUGAAGAAAUAAAGUGUCAAAAAUUGUUGGUUGAUUGUGUCUAGACGACAAAUAAAUCUGAUUUUCAUAAAAAAUUAUUUCGGAGUUGAAAACAACGAUGCUCCACGUUUACACCAUCGAAAAAUACACGAGAAAUUUGAGGAAAUCGAUUUUUUGACGGUGUAAACGUGGAGCAUCGUUCGAUUUUUGAAAACAACGAUGCUCCGCGUUUACAUCGUAUAUAAAAUUUGAAAAUUCAAAUAUUUUUUUUUAUUUUUUCUUUGUUGAAGCUUCGGUUUUUUUAUUAACAAAUUCGAUUUUCGCUCCAAAAAAUCAGUUCAAAAAUUCCAUAUUUUUUAAAGAAAUUUAUAGAGAUUCGAUCAAUUGGAUUUGAAAGUAGAAAAUCAUUAUAAAAUUUUUGAAACGUAUUUUUUCCCGGAUUUUUUUCUUCAAAUUUCCCGCUAGUUUUUUAGCACCAAAAAUACCUGGAGCAUCGUUUGACAAUAAACAACGAUGCUCCGCGUUUACGCCAAAAUUUUCAUUCAAAUUUUGUUCCAGACUCACCUAAUUCUUCCAACCACUGGCGAAAUCAUCAAAAUCCACGUGACCCGUGAAUCUUCUUAUUAUAAUCUCAAAAUCUUUGCCCAAAAUUCGAAAUUACUGCAAAAUAUUCAGAAUGAUAUGAAAAUCAAAUUAAUUGUGGAAAUGUCGAAGUUGAAAACAAGAAAAAAGGAAAAUUCGGAUGUUUUGACUGAAAUUGAAUUUUUGGAUUUGGAUAAAUUAUUUGAAACUAUGUUGGCCGGGUUUUGA